UGGGAAAUGAUGGCUGAGGAAGAGGAAGAAGUCAAGGAGAUUUUGCCGAAAUUGCAGUUGCAAAGCGUUUCCUCCCUCCUGACUAUGGUAUGUGAAGUGCUUAGUCAUUUUGGAAGCUCUGCUGGAUCUGGGAGGAGAGAAGUAUCAUGACGGUGCAGACUGGCUUGGGACAGUGUGAGAGUGGGCUGGGCUACUUUCCUUCACGAUCUGUGGUAUUUUGAUAGACCUGUCCACCUGCCUCUUGUGUCAUUCCUAGGAACUGGUGGAUCGGCUCUAUUCAUUUCGAGAGUGCUAUUUCGAGACACACAGUGUUGAGGAUGCUGGGAGGAAGCAACAGGAUGUGCGGGAGGAGAUGGAGAAGACCCUGCAGCAGAUGGAGGAAGUAGUGGGUUCUGUCCAGGGCAAGGCACAGGUUCUGAUGCUAACUGGGAAGGCACUGAAUGUGACUCCUAACUAUAGCCCUAAGGCUGAGGAGCUUCUGUCAAAGGCUGUGAAGCUGGAGCCCAAGCUGGUGGAAGCCUGGAACCAGCUGGGUGAGGUGUACUGGAAAAAAGGGGAUGUUGCAGCUGCCCACACCUGCUUCUCAGGAGCUCUCACCCAUUGCAAGAACAAAGUCUCCCUUCAAAACCUGUCAAUGGUGCUUCGCCAACUGCGGACUGACUCUGGAGAUGAACAUUCUCGCCAUGUCAUGGACAGUGUCCGACAGGCUAAGUUGGCUGUGCAGAUGGACAUCCUUGAUGGCCGCUCUUGGUAUAUUCUGGGGAAUGCGUACCUUUCUCUUUACUUUAAUACUGGCCAGAACCCUAAGAUCUCCCAGCAAGCCCUCAGUGCCUAUGCCCAAGCAGAGAAGGUUGACAGGACAGCUUCCAGCAAUCCUGAUCUUCAUUUGAACAGGGCAACGUUACAUAAAUAUGAAGAGAAUUAUGGGGAGGCCCUGGAAGGCUUUUCUCGGGCUGCAGCACUGGACCCUGCCUGGCCAGAGCCCCAGCAGCGAGAGCAGCAACUCCUGGAUUUCCUGAAUAGAUUAACCAGCCUCCUUGAGAGCAAGGGGAAGGUGAAGACCAGAAAGUUACAGAGCAUGCUGGGAAGCUUGCGCCCAGCCCAUCUAGGCCCUUGUGGAGAUGGGCACUAUCAGUCAGCCUCUGGGCAGAAAGUGACCCUGGAGCGCAAGCCCCUGAGUGCUCUGCAGCCUGGUGUAAAUAGUGGAGCUGUGGUCCUGGGAAAGGUGGUGUUCAGCCUUACUACGGAGGAGAAAGUCCCCUUUACAUUUGGCCUGGUAGAUUCAGAUGGACCUUGCUGUGCAGUGAUGGUAUAUAAUAUGGUGCAGAGCUGGGGAGUGCUCAUUGGGGACUCUGUAGCCAUCCCUGAGCCUAACCUUCGGCUUCACCGAAUUCAGCACAAGGGAAAGGACUAUUCCUUUUCCAGUGUUCGUGUGGAGACGCCCCUCCUGCUGGUGGUGAAUGGGAAGCCUCAGGGCUCCAGCAGCCAGGCCGCUGCCACAGUGGCAUCGAGGCCACAGUGUGAAUGACCUUCCUUGGAUGGCAUGCUAACGAGGGAGUAGAGGCGAGCAGAAAAGCUCAGGGGCACUCAGCAACUGCACCAGCCAGAUCCAGUGACGCAACUGGAACUGGGGGGACGUUUUAGAUGACAACUUUCCUUUCCUCUGCCCUGUAAGACACUUUGUGUCUUCUUUCUUUCCUGUUGUGUUCCAGCUCUCUCUGGGGCCACACAUGUCCCUGGUAUAUCUCCUGCCUCUUCCAUUGCUCUUCUAUGUUUUAGGCAAAGAGCAUGGAGUUGGUAGAAGUGUUGGGACCUUGUCAUGGGACAGAGUCCCCAAGGUUCCUGUUCUUGCCUCCUUCCUAAGCCUCAUGUGUAUAUAUCAUUUCAGUAUUUAUUGCUAAGGGAGGGGGUUUAAUUUUUUUAAUGACUUAGUUUUUGAGCAGUUUUUAUUUUUAAAAUUUAGGUGCUUCCCCUUCUUUGGGGCUGGAACAGAAUUAAAUUUGUUUGGAAAAAAAAUACUGUGUAGUUUGGCCUGCUUCAUUCUCUCUAGGCUUGAAUUCUUGGUUUUAGGAUCACUUCAAUCCAUUAGAGUAAUACCCCCUUCCCCGCUUUUUUCUUUAAGCAAAAUAGUUUACUUCUCUCUCAGUUAAAAGAAAUCUGGCAAUAGGCAGCCCAGGGCAGGAAUGGCAGUUCCACAAAGUUGUUGGGAACCAGCUUCCUUCCACUUCCCCAUUCUGUCAUCCUUAGGAGUGGCCCUUAUCAUAGUCCAACAUGACAGCAGUACUAUUCUAAUAGUGUUACUAGGGUGAAAGACCAGAGAGAGCUAGAUAUUCAGUUCCUUUAGGUUCUAGUGAUACAUUUUAUAACAGUUUCUUUUAAUAUCCUUGUGGAAAAAUAGGGAAAUAUGAGGGAGGAUUAUUAACCAACUGAAUGGUUAUAACCAGAGAGUGCACUAAUGGAUACAGAUUAAUUUGGAAGACUUCUAGUGAUGUUUGUGUUUUAAGAAGUCCUUCCCUAUCCUGAAGUCAUCAAGACAUAUCCCCUCUGUUGAUUUAUGAAUUUUUA